AUGAAGUUCAGCCUCUUCCUCGCUGCCGCCAGCAUUGUUGCCGCUGCUCCUGGCACCAAGCUCGUUCAACGCGACACUUCUCCCCUUGUUCCUCGCUCUUCUGCCCGUCGAGCCAGAUACAGCUCGUCUCCUAACCAGAGACUCUGGUCUCUCGACUCUUCCAAGGCCUCGAAUGACGACUACUCGGGCAACUGGGCCGGUGCUGUCAAGAUCGGCAAAGGUUACAACCACGUCCAGGGCACCAUCACUGUCCCAGAGGUCAGCGGUGCCGACGGCGCAGCUGCUUCUGCUUGGGUUGGUAUCGACGGCGAUACUUGCCAGACGGCGAUCCUGCAGACUGGAAUCUCCUUCUACGCUGAUGGCACCUUUGACGCGUGGUAUGAGUGGAUUCCUGACUACGCCUACUCCUUCAGCAACUUUCGUGUCAGCGUAGGCGACAAGAUCAGGAUGACGGUUGAUGCCUCUUCCAAGACCAAGGGCAUCGCCACGCUCGAGAACUUGACGACAAACCAAAAGGUGACACACUCGUUCAGCAGCACCCCUUCCACGCUCUGUGAGACCAAUGCCGAG